AUGGCAAGCCACACCAGCCGGAGGACCCAGGACGUCGAAUCGCUCACCGGCUGCGACCUCAAGGGCGUGCGGGUGCUGGUGGUCGGCGCAGGCGGCAUCGGCUGCGAGCUAGUCAAGAACUUGGUGCUGUCGGGAUUCGAGCACAUCACGAUGAUCGACCUAGACACGAUCGACUACUCCAACCUCAACCGCCAGUUUCUCUUCCGCGCAGCCGACGUCAACGAGUCCAAGGCAAAGGUCGCCAAGAAGGCCGUCCUCGCGUUCCCACACGCCGCCAGCCUCUCCAUCGACGCGCACCUGGGCAACAUCAAGGACACGGAGCAGUUCGGGCCGGACUUCUUCAAGACGUUCAACAUCGUGCUAAACGCUCUGGACAAUGUGGACGCGCGGCGGCACGUGAACCGGCUCUGCCUCAGCGUCGGCAUCCCGCUCAUCGAGAGCGGCACGGAGGGGUACGUGGGCCAGGUGCGCGCCAUCGUCAAGGGCAAGACAAAGUGCUUUGAUGUGUGUGCACGCCAGGUGCAAAAGACCUUUCCGAUCUGCACCAUCCGCAACCACCCCGAGAAGCCGGAGCUGCUCUUCAAGAAGCUCUUCGGAGGCGAGGAGACGGACCUCGUUCUGUGGGAGAAGCGGAGGCCGCCCGUCAAGGUCGAGCUCGCGAAGCUGGCGCUGCCCGACGCGGCGGCGACGGCGCGAGAGGAGCAGCGGGCGUGGUCGGUGGAGGAGAGCGCCGCCGUGCUUCUCGCCUCCGUCGAGCGGAUCUUCACCCAGCGCGCGUCGGAGGAUGACGACGACGCGAUGGACUUUGUGGCUGCCGCCGCCAACCUGCGCUGCGCAACCUUCCACAUCCCGCUCCAGUCGCGGUGGGAGAUCAAGGGGAUCGCGGGGCGGAUCAUCCACGCCAUCGCCACCACCAACGCCGUCAUCGCCGGCUUCAUCGUCCUCGAGGCCUUCAAGGUGCUGCGCAGCGUGCAGGCGGCGGGAGGAGACCUCAGCAAGGCAAGCAUCGACGCGUGCCGCUACUGCGUGUGCAACCGCCACCUCAGCGGCCCGAAGGAGAACCAGCUGCUGCUCCGCAUGCGGCUCGAGGCGCCGGAGCCAAAGUGCUAUGUCUGCACUGGCUCGACCUCGACGCUCGAGCUCGACACCGCCAGCUUCACCGUCCGCAGCCUCGUCGUCAUCAAGUUCCUCUCCUUCAACAAGCCGACCAUCGACCUCACCAACGAGCUCGCCGACAAAACCGUCUUGCUCUGGGAGGGCGAGGACGAGGGCGGCGGCGAGGAGGGCGAGUUGCACGGCGACAAGCCACUCGACAGCCUGCCCGUCAAGCUCGGCCCGGGCGUCGUGCUCGAGGUGGAGGACACCACGCAGGCGCUCAAGUGCAAGAUCGCGCUCACGCACACGCUGCUCGACAAGGAGGAGCACCCGAGCGGCUUCCGCUUCAUCGCCGCCGCCGACGAAGCUGCUGCUGGCCCGCCGGCCCCGGCUGAGGAGGACUCGCCCGGCGGCGACGGCAGCCGCAAGCGGCGCAAGGUGGCGGAGGGAGACGCGGCGGUGGCAGGGGCCGAGCCGAGCGGCGGCGCCGGGUCGGGCGUGGUGGUGGCCGACGACGACGACGACGUCAUCAUGCUCGAGUGAUUACUGGUCUUGAGGGGGGACGGAAGCGCGCGGAGCGGAGAGGAGAGAGUACGGUACAGGCGGCGGAGGCCGCGGACGAGG